AUGACUUCUAUUGCUCUGUACGAUGAAGACAAAAUCUUUUUCAUUACAGAUGAGAAAUACGUAGAGGAACUGCAAAUGCAAGAUGCUCUAAUGUCCUCUGCAGCAAAAACACAAACACCUGGUAGGCAAGCGAAAGCUGGAGGCGAGAUAUUCAGAAGCGAUUCAUGCAGGCAUUCAUACUGCUCGGAGUGCAUCGACAGGCAUGUCGCUGCUAAGAUUCAGGAAAACAUUAGUGUCUUCAAGUUCCCCGAUGUCUCUUGCAAGGGUAUCAUCGAACCACAGCACUGUCGUUCAAUCAUUCCCACGUAUGUGUUUGAGCGCUGGGAGAGUGCGUUGUGCGAAUCGUUGAUACUUGCUUCGCAGAAAUUUUAUCGUACUUACAAGGACUACUCGGCGAUGAUUGUGGAUGAUGGGAGCGAGACCCUGACCGCUUUCGAGUGGCCCAGCUGCCGGAGAUUGUUCUGUGCGUAG